AUGAGAGGAGGCGCAGAGAGGGAGAGCACCACCGGCAGCCGCAGACGAAAUUUCUUCUUCCCAACUUCUUCUACUUGUUUGGGCGCCAUGCACGCAGUUUCAGCGUAGUUUGCCAGCUAUCUACAAUCUUCCUGAAGUUUACUCUGACAGGACCGAGCCGUCCUGCGAUCCAUUCACUGACGUCUGGGAAAUUGGUACCCUCAGAAAAUCCACUCCUUUUCGCAAAAAUGUCGAAGGAACCGCCGAAAAAGCGGUUAAAAUGCAAUCCCGAGCAUGGAUAUCUACCGGUAAGCUUUUUUACAUGUUUAGAUUAUUUUUCAGAAUUUUUUCUCCGAUUUUUUCUUGCCUUUUCUCAAAAAUCACCAAACACCCCUUUUCCAAGCAAAAUUCAUGCCCAAAAUUUUAUUUGCAGGAAAUCAGGAAACUUGGUCACAUGGACACUUACAAAGAAUGUAAGUUCACAAUAUUUUUCAAGAUUAUUUUUAGUUUUUGUGGAACUUUUCAUUGAAUUUCAAUGAAAAUAAGCCUGAGCGCGUGGGAGCCUUUCUCUACGCGAAGUAUUGAUUUGUGGUCGCGCGCGUUCAUCAAAUGAAUGUUCUUUUUCCAAAACGUUUUUCCAGAGUUUCCUGACGUGAAAUCGGAGUAAUUUUAGGUGCAGUAACUGUGCAAUACUUAUUUUUUCAAUAAUUUUUCAUAAUUCCACUGGUUUCGAAAAUAUGCGUUUUUUGUGCGUCAAAUCAUUUCCAAUGUUCAACCACUUCGUAAAACUAUAAAAUGUAACUGUUAGAAUUUAUUUCACAACGAAAAAGAAUAAAUUUUUGAAAAAUAAUACCAUUUCAGCAUGGGAAAUUUCUUCGCCGCCCAAAAAUCGUUGAAGAAAAACGAUGACGCGUGUUGGACGUCGGUUUUUAUCGCGUCUUUGCGCUGUUUGCCUGGUAAUUCAGCUAUUUUUUUUAUUGUUUUUUUCUCAUUAAUACCAAGAAAAGUGAGCAUCUUUGGUGUUAAAGUGAAAUAUAGAGUUGAUAGGCGAAUUUUUUUCCGCGAUGUUGCUAUGCGACGCCGCGUGCUUGUAAAAAGCCAAGCGUCGACGCGUCGAGCAGGCCGUUGAUUGUUUAAAAUUGAUUGGCAGCAUAAGUUAGAACAGUUUUCAGUUUAUUCUAUAAAUAAAACCUUUCACAUCCAAUUAGAAAAGGUCUUUUUUUUGAAUUUUUGCAUCAUUGCAGCAUUUCUGUCAAAUAAGAUUUUGCAAUAGUAAAAAAAAUAACAUUUCAAUUUUUAUUGAAGUUUGAUAAAAACCUUCUUGACGAGCUUGUAUUCGUGUUCUCCAGAGAAGCCACCAGAAAUUGAGAACAUUGGAAAUCUUUAAGAGAAUCAAAAUAUUUAAGUUAAUGGAUGAAAAAAUAAAUUUCUUUUGAGACCCAGUUGUGAGGAUUUCCUUGCUUUAUUAUCAGGAAAAUAAAAGACAGUAAUUUGAAAUUCAAAAUUUUCUUCACAUGAAUAUUUCUAGGAAAACUGUCCAUUUUUUAAAACUUUUCUCAAAAGUUGCAGGUUUAUAAAUUUCAAAACGAUAACUUUCUGAAGAGCUGUCUAAUUUGAUAAGAUGUCAAAGGAAAAAAAUACUUCAUCUUCAAAAUCUGAGCCUUAAAAAUAUUUUAUAAUGAGGUUUGAAGGAAGAUUUUGCUAGGCAAUCUAAUUUCGAAUAAAUUUUUUACACGUUAUCUUGAAAGAAAAACGUCAUACGUGCUCUAACUGUAGUAGAAAAGAGUUCAAGGACAAAAUACAACAAAGAAAAUUUUCCAGAAGAAGGUUGUAAGAUAAUAUCGGAAAUUCUUCCUUUUAAAAAGAAAAUCAUAUUUUGCGACAAAAACCCUUAAUAUAAAAUGCGUUGGCAGACGGACGGCUCCCUGGUGUGUUGCGAGAAAUGCACGGCGUCGUUCCACCCGAACUGCUAUUUCCCCCCGAUUCCGGUCAACGACAACGACGAGGAAUGGCUCUGCCGACGCUGUUCCUGCCUUCCUCUCGACGUCCGGCCGCAGUUCAAACAGGUCGCAGUCGCCGCCAGCCCCUCCAAGGAGGUCACCAGGGUCAGUUGGGUGCUAGGAAUCUUGCAGAACAUUGAUAAAACUGUGGUGAAACAAAACAAAAAUUCAAUGAUCCAAUCAAAGUUAAAAGGAACUUUGGAGGUUGAAAUUCUUCAUUUCUGAUUUCAUAUAAAUAUUUCCUUCCUACAAAUCAAUAGUUUAAGUCAUGAAAAUCUUGAAAAACUUAGGAAUGUGAGAAAAUAUCAAGGGAAAUUACUUUUCUCAGUUUAGAAAGUAAAAGUUCCUCCACAAAAAAGCGGCGGUCGCAAUAAAUAUAUAAAUUCCUAUUCGUUUCUUUUGCCCACCCCCACGUUAGGAAAUGUAACUAUCAAUUCAAUUCAAUUUCACCACGAAAAUAUUGUCAAAUCAUAGAAAUAACUGCGAAGCUUACAUGUAUUCGUUCAGAAACGUAUGGAAAGCCAGUUGAACUUGGACGUCGCCAAAUAUCACAUCAAAAAGACCCUGAAACCCAAUUCGACAACUUUGUUCCCCAUCGAACUCGCCAAGGCAUUUGCCAAAGUGAACCCGGUUGUGGUGAGAAAAAUAAAGAAACAUGGGUUUUCAAAAAAAGAAUAUUUAGUUCGAGUUGCCGCAAGAAUUGGCCGAGAAGCGGAUUCUGGUCGAAGGCGAACGACGACCCCUUCGGCUCAAAAUUAUUGGGGAAAAAUGCGCUCAGUGUGAAACGUAGGCCUUUUCUCCGCGUCCCUAGGAAUAUUUCCAUGUUAUUUCCAGGGAAAACAACGUGGUCCACAUGAUCGAGUGCGACUAUUGCCACCUCAAAUACCAUCUCGACUGCACUUUUCCGCGACUUUGCAUCGUUCCCAAGUCGCGCGUUUGGAUGUGCCAUCGACACGUCGAACGGAUCCUUGUCCGUUGUAGUCUAUUCCAGAAAAUCUCAUUGAGAAUGUUGGAGACGGAAAAUAUAUUCAAGAAUAGUGUUUCAAAGAGCAUCGAAUUCAAAAAGAGGAAUUUUCCAAGCCUUUCUCAAAGUGAUUCCGCGAAAUCAUAAAUAGCCGCCAGAGAAAAAAAAAAUGACAUAAUUUUGGGGAUAUAAUUUUGCAUUUAGCGGAAAUUACUUUGAACAUCUUUAUGAAUUAAUAACAUACAUUCUGAUUUUCCAAGCUCAAAACGGCGCGAUUCACAAAGUUUAUUUAUUUUAAAAUACUUCCUUGUCUUCUGAUAUCUCUUUUCUAAUUCAUCUUUCCACUAAGCGGGAACAACCUUGAAGAUCUCCUUUUCAGGACGCGAAAUUGACGCGACAUUUGCCUAAAUUUUGUCGGACUCUCUACCAACGGAAAUUGUGGGACAAACACGGUCGUUACCGUAUCAAUGAGACCAAAGGAAAAUUGAUUUUCAAGAAGUUCCUGGAGAAGGUAUAACCUUGAUUGAGUUUUCGUGAAAUCCAAAAUGAACAUUUCCAGACGGCCGGCUUCCAAAAUCGCCACCCAGCGAAGAGGAAAUCCAAGAAGCCAAAGUAUGACUUUGAAAAUGGAAUUCACAUACAAAAUUCCCUUUUAGGCUCCAAAAAGUCCAAGAAGUUGAAGAAUUAAAGCCGGCUGAGAAAGUGACGGAGAAUGGGAAAGAUAGUGUCGAGUAAGAAUUUCUAUACUUUCUUUUGAAAACAAUUUUUCUAGGCCAAUUGACCCUGUAACUUCCGCCGAUCCAUUGGCCAAGCCAGAAAAUGAAGAAAACACUCAGGUUGUUCUUAAAAAGAAACGGAAAAAGAUCAAAAAGCGAAUGAAGAAGGAAGUCAAAGAUUUGGUCGAUCGGGACAGGUGAGAAAAUAUUUUUCGCAGAGUCAUUUAAGAACACUUUGUUUCAGCUUUGAUCCCAGCAUCGCAAGUACUUCCAAAGGAAUAAAGUCGACGAAAGAUCUUGCCGAUGAGUUGAGGUGCAGCUUUGAAAAAAUAAUUCUGAUUUUUUUUACAGAAUUAAAAAUGAAAAGUUCAAUUAAUCUUUAAAUGAAAACGCGUCGUGAUCGUGCGAAAUAUUUGAAAAAAACAAUUUUUGAAAAGAAUUUUUUCAAAGUCAUCUUGAUCUCACAUAGGAGCUAAAAGGGAAGAUAUAGAAACAAUAAAAAAAAUGUUCCGUUACCAUGUUAAAUAAUUUCGUUGCAUUGUCCGCGGAAAGUUCAAACUGGAGUUUUCAAAUAUAGUCAAUUUUUACGAUGUCUGAACACUCACACUCCCUCUCAUUUGAUUAAAAAAGCUCCUUGAUGCAAUAAUUUUGAAAUUCAGCAGUUUUUUUGAUCGAUAAAUCAAUUUUGAAUUUUCUUGUUUCUUUCUAAACUUUCCAUCUCACAGGUUUAUCUGUUCAGGGAAAAGAGUUGGUGUGCAGCAGCAUUGAUAAGUCUGUGUGAAGGACAACGCGAAAAUGAAGACGUGAUUUGCCGAAAGCCUGAGCCGCGGGAAAAACGAAGAUCGAAUCGCGCUAGAGCCUCUUCCUGUCUGAGAAACGUCGAUGAGACGCCUUGGCUCGACAAAAGUUCGCUUACCAACUUAUCCCAGUUAAUCAAGUUGUUUUUCAGCUUACGAUUUGAACUGUCCGCCUUGGAACCUUCCAUCGACUUCUUCUGGAAUCACCCAAGAUCCUGGAGAUCCUCUGUUGAAUCACGAAAGGCAUGGCGAUGAUUGGGUGGUUCCUUUUCGGAGAGAAGAUCUGGAGCCGACCAGUGGUGAGAUAUUUUCCGAUGUUUGGGCGGAAAGUUUGAAGAAACUGUUGGAAGCUUGGUCACUGAUAUAUUUGACUUUUCGUAGUAAGGUAUGGCAAUUUUAGUACGAAAAAGAAUUGAAUAAGUGACACGAAAACAGUGUUCAAAAAAAUUCGUAUAGUGGAGAUUGAGAGAAAAAGCUUGCUUUAUUUUCUAAAAAUCGUUUUAUUAGAUCAAAAAUUGAAUCAUGUUUUGUGCAGUGAGGUUUUAAAGGAGAACCUGUGUUGAAAACUGAAAAUAAUUUACACUUUUUCAAUGACCGUACUUUAUAACUUCAAAAUUUGAGAUUUUUUUCAGUUUGAAGUAUUAUUUCCAUCUUCAACCUGAAAGCAGUUUUGAAAAACCUUAAUUUUCGCGUUUUUUUUAAGGUUGAGACUCCCAGCAGCUUUUAACUUUUCGCCCACAUCUUUUCCAUAUCAUCAUCAAUUAAAAUAAUUCAUGUUUCAGCUCUCUCCCUACAUUCGCUGUACAAGUUCCCGAUCGCCGAGAGACAGAAGAUGUUCGACGAGCGCCAGAAUAUCGACAACCUCUUGAAAUUGUCGCGUUUGGUCAGCACGGUCGCCCCGUUCGACACCUCGGGACUGUCUCGAUGGCAGAUGUCGGUGAAGAGCGAGGUCCGCGGCACGUCGCUCAGCGACCUCAAGGAGGUCAGCAUCAAGGACAUGAGGUCGAAGCGCAAGAAGGAGGACGAGGACUCGGCACAGUUCGUCGGCUUCGGCCGGCUUGGCCGCACCGCCACCAGCAGUCUCGCCGCCCAGUCUGUCCUGAUGCGAGCUCCGCCUGUUCUCCCGCCCACAGAAGCUUCAUCUUCUUCUGUCUUCCGACACAUCUACUUCGCCUCGUCGUGGUCCAUCGUCGACGCCGACGCUUUCUUCAUCGAUAGCCUCCCUGCCGACUUGAGAAACUACUACGCAUUCGCCUACGACUACCAUUUCCGAAGCAAAGAACAGCGUCUGCGGUUUCGAGUUAGUGGAAUGGAUCCCUGGAGCCGUGCCGACAUCAAGAAGAUCUUGCGCAUGCAGAAGGAAGAAGUGAUCGACGACGAAUUGGUCAAGGAAGAGCAGGAAACUGAGCAAAAGGUCUCUGUUGCGGAAGAGGUGCUCAAGGAGGAUGGACUGGAAGAAGAAACUCCUGCUUUUUGUUCUCUGGGAGUAGCGGGAAACGACGAUGAUCCGACCUACAGCUCAGGUUCCGAAGACGUCGUCACGAAUGGAAACGACGAAGAUCCUCAAGAAGAAACGAAUCAGCUUAUUCCAAAAGAAGCUUCGGACACUCAUCAAAGGACCAUCAUUGUAGAAACAUCCACGGAAGUUUUCGCCAGCGUCUCCCUAACUUUGAAGUCUUCCGAUACCGUGAAACCUACAGUGGAAAGCUGCUCAACUACCAAAGUCGCUUUAACCGAGGAAUCAGAAUCGUUGUUGAGUGGAACGGAAUCUUCGGCAUCGACCACAUAUCACACUUCGACUUCCUCCAGUACGUCUAUCCAGGAAUCCGAAUCUACACAAAGUCAAACCUGGACCCAGACGUCUCCUAAAGAAGUAGUCGAAGCGGCGAAUAUUCCGGGACUGGAUGCCGAUCCAUCCGACCGAACCGCUUCCACGUCUUCUAGUGAGCAUAGUGAAGAUGUACCGGAAAAGGAAGCCGAGGAAAAUGAGGAGGAAGAAGAACGUGUGACGACGGAUUUCGAGAAGCCCGCUGUCACGUAUCCUGAGAAAUCUGUGAAGAUUCUGAUCAUAACGGAUCAUGAAGUCACGGCGACGUCUCCAGCCUCGUGUGAAGCCAACAAUGUCAGCACCGACGCCAUCAAGGUUUUCACCAAUGGAAGUUGUCAUGUGAGUUUAGAGAAGUUUCCUUUGAAAUAAUCAGUCGGAAAAACGCUUUGGAAAAAUCGAGAAAAAAAAUCCGAAAACACAAAGUUUUAAUAAGACAGUAAAAUUUUAGACCAAUAAUUCUUCUCUCGGAAAAAAAAUUAUUUUUAUUUUUUUUCAAAAACUUUUAGGGAAGUUUUUUUUAGUUAGGUGCAGACUUUCCGAAAAUUUUGUAAAUUUUUUAAUGACGCACAAAUUUUUUAAUAAUUUGAAAUGAAGCUUGAAAGGCUCACCGUUUCGAUACUUUCAAAUAAAUGUUCAAAUUUAUUGCAGGACAACAUUCAUCCACGUGGAGACUUUGCAUCGGAAACUUCAUGUGUCGUCUUCAAGGCAUGUUUUUUUUUGGUCAAUAGUUAGGCUUUGAGAAAUUCCCACUGUUUUAAGGAACCAUUUUUUGGAUUUAGUAUUAUUUUUGAGCAAAGAUUUUAAACUCUGGGAUUCCGAUCAGAAACCCAAGAGAAAAAAUGCCAUUACGUGGAUUUUUCCUGCGCAAUAGUCUGAUAGUUACAAUUUUUUCAACAUAAAAAUAUUUUUUAGGAUAUAGGGGAUCUCGGAAACUUAAUAAUUUCUUCAGGUAACUUCGGAUGAGAUGGACCAGCUUGCGAGAGGCGACUACAGCCAAUCCGAAAUUGGAAGGGCCCUUAUAAAGGAGGGAACUUGUCAGUCGACUGCGGACCCUGAAGAUCUGUCGCCGAUCAACGACAUCCUCAAGUCGAAGCUGUCCGAGUGGGACGCCUUCGUCGAACAGGAAAUCGCGAACAAUUGGCCCGAAGAAGCUGCCAGAACGUCUCCGCCGUCUUCUCCCAACAGAUCUUCGUCGCGCUCUUCAGUUUCCUCAGGGUGAAUAGAAAAAAUUACAAAAUUAGGGUUGAGAAAAGUUUUUGAACUAGAAACCUGUCUGGAAUUUCGAUGAGACUCCUGGAAGAGACGGGAAAUCAUGAGGGGUAUUUUUUCGUGAAUUCAGAACCGGUUUUCAGAGCUAGAAAAUUAAUGCAGAGUUUCAAGCCUACAAAUAAGCUUAUUGUUCGUAUUGAACUUGCUUUUUUUAGUUACGAAUGGAAAAAUAAAAAUCAUACGUAUCCUUUAAAAAAAUUUCAUUUUUUGUGACAAUUCAAUUCAAUUUCAAUUCAAUUCAAUUUAUUCAAUCUUCAGAGUAAGAUGAAGAAAAUCUCUGCUGAAUCAUGGUAUAAUCGAAGAGUUAGUCGUCGGCACGGGUUACGGUCCACAAUCGCUGUCCAAUGAGUCCCGGAGUGACAGCUAGAGUUGGGAAAUAAUGUGGGCCCGUUGGUAGUACCAACGAAUAAACUGCUUCACCAUGUUGGAACAGUACAGCGCCCAGCUUGUCCAGGGUCGACAGGCGUCGGAAUAUUAUCCCAUGAGAGAGCGGCAAUGAGACCGACCAGUCGACGUGAUGAAAUGAGAUAAUAAUUUGUGACAAAAUGGCGAAAUUUAUCCCUCGUUUUUUGAUUCUUUUUUCGAUUUAACAAACUUAAAAACCAGCAUAUAGUGAUCCUCUUCUCGUUCAAAAGUCCCGCUGUCCUUCAAAAUCAUAUUCCAGUUUUUUUCUAAAUAGAUUUGCAACAAUGUUUCGAUAAGAAUGUCUCCAUUGGAAUUUUCGACAUCAUUUUUUAUGAAUCUGAAAAAUUAAAGAAGAAACUUCGUUAAACUUUUUCUAAUUUCAGCUCGAUUCUAUCUGUUUCGCCAACGGCAAGCACGACGAAAUCGCCUUCUCGACCGCCGAAUACGGACGAGCCUAGCUGUUCUGGCAGUUCCAACGGGUCUUCAUCUGGAGAUCGGAUCAACGGAGGCUGUGACCAGCCGUUGAUGAUCAACAACAUCAACGAGUUCGGCUUGGAGGACGAAAAGUCGGAAACGAGCGAGAGCGAAGAUGAACACGACGAGUUGAUGGAAAGGAGGAGCGACGAGGGCGGAAGUACGAAUUCUGCGAAGGAGAAUGUCCCAGAAGGCGUCCUGGCGAAUGGAAAAGCCGAAAUUGUAGGAUUUCGAAGAAGGAUUUCUAGAUCAAGAUGUGAGAUUUGUAGGAACAAGGCCAACCUCUACGGAAAUUGGAGACGACUUCCUGUCAGUCGAUGAUUUCUUUGUGCUCCAGUGGACCGCUCGUUUUUGAACCUUCCGCGCAUCCGGUUAAUGGAGAACUUCGCAAAGAGGUUUGAACUGAGAAAAUACGGAUUUAGUUGUCAAAUCUUCAGUGUAAAAAGAAAUAAUUAGGCAUGAAAGAAGUUUUUUUCAAGAUCUUGUUGAAAAUAGCCGUUUUUUUUUUGGAUAUCCAAGAUUCGAAGAAUAGUUCAUGUAAGGGUUUUUGAAGAGAAUGUUCAUUAGACCGAAAAUUUUAUUCCAAAGUGAUGUGAAUAAUAUUUCGUGCAUUAUUAUAUUGAAAUACUACUUUUAAUAAGAUAACAAAAAAAAUUAAAAAAAGACCCCACUUUAUGAAUGCAAAAAAGCAAAUUUUUUGCUAAAACUUCAAAGUUUUUCAGGAAUCACGAGUUCGGUUCGACUCCCUCCGUGAGCACGACUACAUCAGGCCGACAUUCGACGAUGCCUUCAACUCUUCCGGUCCUAUGCAUUUCGACAGCAACCGAAGGAGUCGCGGCGGCGGUGCCAGAAGCCGUGGCAGAGGAAGAGGUCGAGGUCGAGGUCGUGGAGCACCCCUGAUAGCUUCUGCUCCGAGAGGACGGGGCCGAGGAGGUCGAGCCCGUAAGAUCACCCAUGCAAACUCUCAGAAGAUCCAUUUUCCCUCAGGAGGAAGACGCGCGCGACUCUCCGUUUCUGUCGAUCAUCGUGCUCCGUCGCACUCUCCCAUGAGUCCUGCCAGCGUGGUUUCGUCGAGGGAAACUGCGCUCGACGAGGUUUUCGACGCCGAACAGGCCGUGGCGACGAAAAUCCUCGACAAGUGGCACGAAGACUUCACCCGCUCUUUCUUCCGGUCUGUCAUUUCUCAAUUUUUCGUGAAUUGAUUACUUGUUGGGUAUUGGGAGUACUGCGCCUACAAAAGUCAGAGAAAGUUUAGGAAAAUCUCAGUUCUCGAAUGAUUUUAUUAUCAAUUAAAACUUUGAUACUAAAUUUUUCUUUGGGCCAACGUUCGUCCCGAGUGGAAAUCUUGAACUCACUUCUCCAACCUGGAAGGUCCUGUAAUUCCCUGAAAACUUGCUCAGGAACUCUUUGAAUAACUUGAAGUACUUAACCUUCUCAAAUCCCUUCUUUAAUCUUAUUGUAAUAAUAUUUCUACACUGACCCCAUUUAUUCAGUGCAAGUAACUGUGUGUUCAAAUUUUUUUCGUGAAAUUCUAAGUUUAGUUAUCUUUUUAUACUCUCGAACGGCUAUUUCGAGUUUCGCGGAAUCGCUUUGAGCACGGCAUAACUUGGCAAACAGAUUUGAAAUUAAAAGAAAAAGUAUAGUUGACUCAGAGAAUCAAUUAAAUAUUUCUUAGAAGUCUCAGAAUCUUGUUGGAACUUCCGUUCCCGCAUUCAUUAUUCCGUUUAUUUUAGGAUGCGUGACGCGGUGUUUGAAGAGGACCCGGAAAUGAUGCGAUACAUUUUGGAAGUUUUGGAAAGAAGACGUCUCUGGCAGCCCUACGAAAGCCGUUUGUUUUCUUUUUCUUGCAGAGAUUCUUAAGCAGCGCUCAAGUUCUAGUCAAAGAAACAUCUAAAAACACAGGAAGAAAAGCAAACUUUGCAGGAUUCUUCAUUGCCGAUGAACCAAUCGCCGGAGAAUUAAGAUUCCUCGGAAAAAGAACAUACAAUCUUCCUUAUGCCAUCCAACGCGCUCUUACCAAAUUCGGUCAGUUUUUGAAAUUGCUAAGGUCGGAAUGGUCUCAAUAGCAGGGCGGUAGUGGAUCACCUUUUCCAGGCAUUUAACAUUGGAAAUCAUAGAAAUAAGGCCGAAUGAAACGAUUUGAUUUGUAAAUGGCUGAACUAACAUUCAAAGAUUUAUGACGUCGCAGUUAGAUAUAAAUUUGGUUUUAAUUUGAUGAGAACGAGGUUUAUGUGGCUAAAUUUUUAUAGACUGGUCUUCUCUUUUUUUCAUUGAUUUUCAAUUUGAAGGAAGCGCGCCUGAUUGUCAUAUUCCGCUACAAACCUUGGUCCCAUCAUGUGCUGCAGUACGACUCGACAAUUGCCAUAUUGUAUACGACAAGGUAAGGAAUAUGAAAUAAAAUUUGAAAUCUUAGAGUAUGCGUUUGGUUAGUAUCAUAAUUUUGUUGAAUUUUCGAAAAUAUAUUCCUAUAAUUUCAUUUUUUUCAACCAAGUUGAAGGCUUUUUGAAGCGUCUUUUGAUAAGUUAUUCCAAAAACUGUUCUAGCGGAACCCUCUGAUCCGGAAUAAGUUCUACAACAUGAAGUAGAACCUUAAGAACUUCUUUCUUCGAAAUGAAAAAUUCUCUGAUCGCAACAGAGAACAUUAUUCGUAGAUUUGCAUACUUUUUCACAGUUUCCAAAGGAAUUCAACAUCCUUAGGACUCUGAGAAUGUGAUAUAUGACUCUCAUAAAACUUCUCGAAAAGUGGUUACAGAACAUGGAAUCAUAAGAAUUAUUCUGAAAGUUUGUUGCAAUAUGUAAUUUUUACAGAGGCAAGGCGUUUUCCUGCUCUCCACCGUUGGCACCGCGAGAGUCUACGUCAACGACGUGCCGAUCCGUCGGAAGGUCUACCAGAACAAGUACCGCGUGCUGCCGGCCGAGCCAUUCUCGGAGCGCGUCGCGGCGCGAGCGGCCCAAGUCAGCUGCGUGUGCACUCGUCCGCGAAUCCGCGCUGUCGUCGACGCGAAGGAGAAGUCGCGACGCCGUCUCGGCGUCGUUCAGUUGCACGACGGCGAUCGUCUGGCCGUCGGAUGUGCCACCUUCGAAUUCCACACGUCGCUGAAGCAUUCGCCGCGGCCGCGAGGUCUGGCUCAUCAUCUCUCUUCGUCUUCUUCCACUGGAUCGGGGACUCUUUGA